UUAACAUACAUCCUGUGAAUAAUGAAACACAAAAAUAAACUUAAAACGCUUCUCCUGUAAAAUUACAAAUUUGUGACAUAGUGCCCUUUAUUAUGCUGGUUUUCCACCAGAGAGACAGUUUUUAGAAACACAAACAGAAACUUUUUGAACGAAAAAAAACAAAAACAAAACUUAAACAAUCCCAAAACUCUUGUUUCCAUUUAGCGGACUUCAUUUUGUUCGAGUUUUGUUUUUGUUUUCGGUCCUUUUCCACCGGAAAACAAAAACAAAACACAAACUCGUGUCGACAACAACAUUUGUUGUCGCGAGGAAGUCAAAGCAGUUUUUCUUUAAUUAAAACAAUGUUUUUUUCUCAAGAAGAUUUUUUUAUUCUUAGUUGUGGAUGGUUAAUAUUGAAGUCAUUGGAAAAAAAGAGAAGAAGAAAACGCAAACACAGAUAUUGGGUUCGAUCACUUUUAUCUAGAAGAGUGAACGAUGGUGCUGCACAAUUGAUGAACGACAUCCAAAAUGAUGACUUUGGGUUGCAUGGGGAACUGCGCUCAUCUUUUCAUAAUUUUGUGAGAAUGUCUUCCUCUGAUUUUGAAGAACUAAUUACAUUAAUUGGAGGAAAAAUUGCCAAGUUAAAUACAAACUUCAGAGAUUCAAUUUCUAUUAAAGAUCGAUUAGCAGUAACACUGAGGUUCCUUGCAAGUGGGGACAGUUAUCAAAGCUUAAUGUACUUAUGUAAAAUAUCUGUUCCCUCCAUAUCACGAAUUAUACCAGAAGUGUGUGAUGCCCUAAAUGAAGUUCUUAAUGAUUACAUAAAGGUGCCCACCAACUCAGCACAGUGGCAAAAGUUGGCGAAUGAUUAUAACACUAGCUGGAACUUCCCAAUGUGCGUGGGAAGCAUGGAUGGGAAGCACGUUGUCAUGCAAUCACCCAAAUAUAGUGGAAGUGAAUUUUUUAAUUAUAAAGGCACAUUUAGCAUAGUUCUCUUUGCUGUAGUCGAUGCAAACUACAAUUUCACCUACGUGUACAUUGGUUGCCAAGGGCGUAUAUCAGAUGGGGGAGUUUUUAAAAAUACCGGCUUUGCCAAAUCUUUGAGCAAAGAAAUGCUUAACUUACCCGAAAACGCAUCCCUUCCAGAAAGAGAGAAACGUGUACCGUAUGUUUUUGUAGCCGACGAUGCUUUUCCCUUAUCACCAAAUAUAUUGAAACCGUUCUCCGGACACCAGGAUCGCGGAUCUAUGCAACGCAUAUUUAACUACCGUCUGAGCCGAGCAAGAAGAGUGGUCGAAAAUGUGUUUGGUAUAUUGGCCUCUGUGUUCCGUAUUUUCAGAAAACCUAUACUACUAGAACCACCAAAAGUAGAAAAAAUUGUGCAAACUUGUGUUUUAUUACAUAAUUACCUGCGCCGAAAUACCGAAUCAAAAAAUACUUAUACACCACCGGGGUCAUUUGACGUAGAAGAUAUAGAUUCGGGAACUAUUAGAAAUGGAUCGUGGAGGAAUGAAUCACAACCAACUGCAUCAAUGUUACCUCUAAAACCUGUGGCUAGGAAAUCUUUGCAAGAAGCACAAAAUAUAAGAAAUGAAUAUUGUGAAUAUUUUAUUUCAGACCAAGGACAAGUACCCUGGCAAUUAAAAUAUGCGUAAAUAAAGGGGAUUAUGU